UGACCUUAAGUGUAUUCGCUUCGCAGCCUAUUUCGUCUCCAUCAUGCAGUAAAUGGAAAAUUAUCAUUAUCCUCUGCAAAAUAUUUUUGUUCAUAACGCUUUCUCAUGUAUCAUACCCCUUCCACAAGGAAACGAAAGUUCAUAUUUCAGUGUCCCUGUGCCCUUAUCGUCUCAACCCAAACGGGGGCCGCUUCUUCAAGAUCCAUCUCCAACCUUCAAUCCACCAACAAGCAGUAUAUCGUGUUCAUUUACAUAAAGUGUGUUUAUUAGGUCCUUCAAAUGACAUCAUACAAACGUCAUUAUGUGAGGUAAAUUUGGAUGAUGUCCCGAUGGAAAUCGUUACUUCCGAGGAUGACUCUGGAUCAGAAUAUGCUGAUGCUUUCCUCUCCGCAUACACAGAGUCAGAGGAUCCAGUUGUUCAGAACGUAGGUUUACUUCAUUUGUUAUUUAUUUCUGAAGUGCUCAGCAGAAUUAGAUGAAAUUGAACUCAGAAGUCGUGCACUAAGGAGCAUGCUGCUCCAGAAAAAAACCGCUUCAGGGAAUAAAACUCAACCGAAAACUGAUCUCACACUACUCCAUAACUUACCUGAAGUCAGGAAUUCUUUUUCAAAAGUCACGGCAUCAUAUGAUUCAUCAACUCUAAAACAUAAGCGGAAAUUUAUAAUUACGUUACAUGAAUCAUCAGAUAGCGAUGACUCACUUAGUCAAUCUGUUGGUGCUGUUUUCAAGGGUUCAGCGGCAAAAAGAUGUGAUUCUAAGCCUCCUAUCAACAUGGAUAUUCCUAAUCAAUCAAAGAAAAUCAGUCGUUUUCAUCAAGAAGAAAAGAUGUUGUUGCAACGAAAAAUGGAGCUUCUCCGACUGAAACUAACUGUUAAACGUCAACAACACUUGAUAGAUGAACGACGUAAAAUAGUUCGGAAGUUAUCGACCACGUUAUCAGAACUUCGUAGGCGCAGUAAGCAUACAGCUUUGUUGUAUAAAGAAGCUAGUAAGUCUCUUCUCAAGGCCCAACGUACAAAUGCUACUUAUCAGCGAAAACUGGCGUCAGCCCAAAAAUUAUAUUCAGAUGUGCUUAAUUCUGUAAACCGCUCCACUGCGGACAUAAUACAAACAGGUUUUGCUUUAUCAUCUGUAAAUCUACGCAGAGAUCUUAUUAUUUUGUCUUUAGAUGUUCUACAAAGAGCGAAAGUGGUUACGUGGUUUCUUGUUCACUAUCAUUUUAACCCAACUACAUCGAAGUUUAACAUGAAAAGUGUGAAGCCGGUGGCAACAGUAAAACCAAGUUCGGAAACCUCGCUGGAAUUCGAUCCAUUCCGUCCGAUUUGCCCAUUUUUCCUCGAUGGUGAAUGUCUAGACAAAACAUGUAUAUUUCAGCAUCCCAAAAAUUCAACUGUUAUAAAAGCAAGACCGAAAACUUUUUCCCGUUUACCCAUGGUUAGCACGAAUGUUGUGUCUCUGCUUGGUGAGGAAAAUAAAGGGAGAUAUGAUGACGUGUAUUGUGAAGUGUGCAAAGAAAAUUUGAUCAUAUCUGCAUCAGAUUUCUCUCAGUCACCAGGAAUGCAACGUUGGCAUACAGCUUAUCUUACAUAUUUACGUUCAGAACCAAAAAACUCGGCCUUCCUUCAUAAAUUCUCAAGCGACCUCGAAAAUUCCUCAUUCCCUGCAGAUUUAUGUGCCCAUCUAGUAUUCGGACUUUUGUUAUGUUCUAAUAUGGAUCCAGUAACAGUUAAGCAAAAGCUUUUUGAUUGCCUAAAAGCCUCCGGUUUUCCAUUGAAUGCCUGUAGAUUAGCAUUACGACAUCCCAAUUUAAGCAUACCAAUCCGCAGAUCAAUAAUUAAAUUGUCUCUUGAAUAUAUAACUCUUCAAUUCCAGCAAGAUGCACAAGCAAGUCAAGAAUCAAAUUUUGAGUCAUCCUUUGCGUACUUCGUUUAUCAGUGGUGUUUGCUUGAACAAGAACUUGGUUUACAUAACAAGGUAAUAACCAUCCUAAAACAUACUCUCAAAUCAUUACCUACGGAGAACAAGCUAAUUUAUUUCUUGUGGUGGUUACGAUUAUAUCACCAACUAAAUGGUACUUUACCCCAUGAAAACCUAUUUUCUACCGCCAAUUCACCAUGCUUCUCCAAACCAGUCCUCUUAUCUAACCUGGAAAUUAUUGAAAUGGCAGCCACUGAAACUGGUAUUUCUAAAAAUUUAUCUCAAUUACUGGAAUCAUUCGAAACUAUUAAAAAUGAUAUUAGCUUCACUUGCUUUCUGUAUAUCACUCAUUUAUACAUUCAAACUCUUAAUGCAGAUUCCAAAUUUAAAAGUGCAGCAGAUAUAGCACUGACGGUAGCAUUACAUUCCCCUGAGUUUGUAGAUGAUCUAUUUUUCCCAUCUGCAGUGUAUUCUUUAUUUUCCUUAGAUCCAUCUCUUGACUGGACAAGCUUGAUUAGUAAUGUGUCUGACAAAUUACGAGCUAACCUUAAUUUAGCCCAUCGAAUUGAAUUUGGAUUCUUGAUAACAUGUUUAAAUUGGCGUAGAAAAACAUUGAAUUCUACGGAAUUCCAUCUUAUUGAGUGUUUGGGCAAUUUAAUCUUUCUUCCAAAAGAUGAUUGCGAAAAUGUUAUUUCAGCGUAUGAAAAUUUGUUGAAUAUAAAGUCCAGUAAUAGCAGUCUUGUUAACUUUAAAGUGUGUCCACGAAGUUUCACAUAUUUAUGGCUCAGUUAUUGUCUGUAUACCACUAUCCAUUGCCUAAAUUACGGUGAAGUUUUAGACCACUUAAUUAGUCAGUAUAAGUCAUGCAUCAUGAGUUGUGCAAACGAAGAUCCAAAUUAUGUUUUCAUUCGUCUUUUAGCCCUAAUGAGUCUCUUAUUAGCAAGUCAUGUGAAUCAGUUAGAUAGUUCAAUUUAUCCUACUGUCAUAAAGUUACUGUUCAUCGAUAACCCUUUCAAGUUGGAUCGUAAGUUACUUCCAGCGUACUUUCUUGAAUUGAUUCAACAAAUUAACUUAGGUCUUCUUCCUUCUGGAAUUCGUCACGAUAUAUGUGUACAACUCGUUGAAAUAUAUGGUGCUUCUCUGGUUCCCUCUUUAUGUCGGACUUUGUGUGCUCUAGGUGACCACUUUUUAGCUCAAAGUCUGUGUGCAAUCGGAUGUUUAGAUAGACCUGAUAAUGAAGACUUCUGGCUUUUGUAUGCUUCGACAACAUUUAAAACUCUUUCACAUAUACGAUCAUCUGAACAGUUAUCAACUCUUCUAGAAAUUCUAAUAAAUGCAACUUCGGCGGUGACUUCAAGUUCUCGACUUUGGAAAUAUUACGCACUUGCUGUUCGCAUUGCCAAGGUAUCAGCAGAGCAAAUAACGAGCCGUGCGAAGUCUGUUGGAAUGUAUGAUCUCAUUUCUAGUAGUCUGAACGAUGACAAUCCUACAAAAUUUUUAUCAGAACUUGGACUCCUCUGCGAUGAAAGAUCUACGGACAGAAAAAGUUAGAAUUAAACCAUAAAAGUAAGUUAGUUUAGAAAAGUAAUAGUGUAACAUCCUUAUUUUCAAAGUUCACUUUGAUACUUUUAUAUCCAAUCUUUUAAUAAAAUGGUUCUAAUUUUAUUUAUUGUACUUGUUCAACUAACCGUUUGUUUAUCUGCUCUUUGGUAGUUUACAACGUUUAUUUUUUAGAACUUACUGCAAGCCAUUUUAUCAAGUUUAAUAGAAAGCCAACCAUUGUUAAUUUCUGAAAAAGUAGUCUAAUGUUUGCUUUGGUGAACAUUUGUUGAUACAGCAUUGAACAACGAACGUAGCCUAUCACUAGAGGACUUAGUUAAAAUAGUUUGAAACUUGUCACUAGCUCAGGUACAUUUGUUCUUUUAUUUUCUUUAAUCUCGAGCACAACACUAUCACAUACUUCCCAUUCCCAAAUCUCAAUCGUCCCUUUUAAACUGUCUAAUAUGUGUAGUUUUCUGCAAAGAUAAGUAUUUUAAUUUUUACUUCUCUGGUCUCACCUUAAUAAAUGUAACUUUUGAGGAUUUAAACUGACAUAAAUUUUUGCCGAAUUACACAAUCUUCUUACUUCUAUCUGUCAAUCAGAGUAAUACCAACCCAAUUUGUUGCUUCUGGAGAAAUAUGAUUUUUUUCAUAUCCAUUAGAUAGUAUAGACUUUUUAUGAAGUGAUUCUCCAGAAUCCUCAGUUUAUGCUUGCUGAAUUGUUACAAAUUUCCUGAGAUUCGCUACAAACAGCAUGUUAAUUACAGUGAAUUUAGGCACAUUGCUCAACACAAAUUAACUAUUAGUGUUUGAUAAAUAAUGUCAGUCGAUGAACACAAUAUAAGUAUUAGAUUAGUUUUCUAAAAUAUUUUCGGAAUCCAGUACUCUUUGCUUCUGUCUGGUUAAGAAUUGCUGGGACAGAUCGUUUUUGUAUGUUCAAACUUAUUUAUCCUGUUUUUGUAAUUCAUUGCUGUCUAUUAUUUUUUAUUUUUAUUUCAACACAUAGAUAUUGGUACAAAGAGGCACCAAAUACAUAUGCGCCACACAAAUCUCAUUCGAUAUGUGUGAGGGCUGUGAUACUGCCCGGGUGCUCAGACCGAAGCAGGUGGUUUUCUUAGGGGGCCACACUCCGAGCCUUCGACCUGAGGGUCUGAUCCACAAGGCAGUGGAGCUUCGUAAGGAGAUGCAGUCCCAUGGUAGCCGGUGACCAACAAUUGGUUCAUACACCAUUUGUUCCCUCAGGAUACUGGAGCCCAUGUGCACAAUUGGUUUGGAAUCCGGUUAAAGCGCCGGACAUUCGAUUUUCGUCCUCUCAUUUUCGUGAACAACACCCCCGCCACGAGAAGGCAGUGAGUAGGACUUCCCUGGCAGAGGCUAUAUACGCGUGGCCAUGUGAGAGCAUUUGGAGAGGGAGAGCGGACUCUCCCCACUCUCGGCUGUACCAGGGCAUUUGGGGGCUUAAAUGUGACUGCAUAUUUUUGUCUGCACGUGUUUAAGCAGAUUUAAUAGCAACUUCCCAUAAUUUCAACCUACCUUUUAUUAGACCUGGCUACUUUCAUACAUUUUUAUGCAUCUUGAAUUCGUACAUAUUGCAGCGGUGACGUUUAUAAGAGAUAGUUCUACAAAACAGUAAACACCUAAUCCUAAAAUCUUUAUGUGCUCCCCAACUCCCAAUUGUUGUUUUCGACAGUUUAUAGUCAGUCGAAUUAUUUUGCGUACCUUUCUAUGUCUUCUGUUAUUGUUUUCCAACCACUUUAGGAUUUCAUCUAUGUAGUGGCAUCAAGUAGUCUGUUCAUAAAUUCCAUCUAGGUUACUUUCUUAACGAAUUCCAUUUUAAUGCUAACUGAUAGGACAGAUGGAUAGUGGCUAGCAGUGGAAUCCAGGACGUGAGUUUCGUCCUAACAAAGCUUGUGAUCUAAGGUAAUAUCGAGGUAGUUCGCACAGGAUGUACGUAUGCCAUUGUGAGACUAAUUAAUUGCAGUUUUAAAUAACAAUGGGAAGAUACAAGUUAACAUCAGGUGAAUUUAUAACUGAUAGGAGGAUUCCCCAUGUUAUAACGCUCGGUUUUACUUUGUCUAAUGUUAUAACGGUUGGGUUUACACGUAUGGAACGUUAAUUUACCUUAGACGAUUAUUUACACUAGAUUCCCUCGCAGUGUCUAUUCUACAGGUCUUCAACACAACUCAGAUCAAGAACACGUGAUUAGCCUGACCACAACGUAAUGUAUUUCCACACCAAAAACCGACACAAUCCAACAACAAUGAACAAUCAAUAAUAAGUGAGUAAUAAUAGUAAGGAUAGGGGAAUAUAUAACUCAUCUAACACUUGUCAGACUAUCUACAUUUCUGACUAAGCAGACAACCAAUCAUUAUCAUUCUCUCCCACACAUCACCUCACUAAAGAGGAAUACAUUACACAUUGCCAUAAUAGUGUAGAGCGACAAAUAGCUGUCCAUUUUUAUUCACAAGGUAGAAAUGUAAGAUUUCGAAAUAAUGAUAUCGAUAAUAAUAAGAGACGGAACAUCUAGAUUGUUCCGGAAGCAACGAAUGAAAUCGGCAAGUAAAGUGUAAUGUUGACCCUCAAGAUUCAGUUGAUAAAUGCAUUUCCAUCACUGCGACUUAUAAUGUCUUUACUUAUCAUCUUGGUAAUUUUCUCUCCCUCUAUGCUAUGGUGUGACAACUUCGAACUGGUAAGUUUUCGUCUCAAUUCCUACACUGAAUGUGACUACGACCAUUAAAUGUUUAUGUCACACACCCCGAUCAGAAACUAUACAUGUUCCUGGAUUAUUACACUUUAACUUCUAUUCUAUGAUUUGUUAGUUAAACUUUAGAUUCGGGAUUGUUUAAUAGAUAGUUGUUCUUGAAGAUUGUCUGAUUAGCUCUGUGUUCUAUGUAUGGGACCGGGUAUUUACUGACAUAGUUUUGGGUUUCUCACAUACUGCCAAAACAUAUCUGUGUCCUCACAAUCCAAGCAGUUGCAAAGUGAUGCAUGGAACAAGCUGCACACUUCAGGUGUACAUAUAUCUCAUGAGCAAAAAUCGUUUUGACAUUUUCUGAGAUAGGUCAUUUGUUUUUAUUGAUAAUUUGAAAGAAGAGAACUGAAAUAAGAAAGAUCUGUUUUAUACUUCCAUAAUCGGUAGUAACAACUGGAGUAUAGUUAUUGAUUUUGUUCCGAUUCUAUGACCGUAACUUAUAUUUCCUUCGUUAAUUUUAGGCAUUCAAUUAUCAUUACAAAAUUUUUUCCAGUCAAGUUAUUUUAAGUAAGUAUAGCAUUACUCAACUUUAUUGAUGAUGACGGUGUUAUUGUUGUUUCUUUUGUAGUUGUUGUGUUCAUAGUGAUAUUAUAGCAUUACAAAGGUUAUUUUUCAUUUAGUCAUUGUUCUGUAUAAAUUUUCAGGAGUCACAUACACAAAUAUUAAUGCUGGGAACAUUUUGGUCUGGUAAGUGCUUUCUGUAGAGUCCGAUAGACCAGUAUGAAGAUCACUUUCGGUCACACAUUGUACAGUAAUUUAUUUAUGUAAAUAAAGUUCCAUUUGUAAA